ACUUUCAGUGUGAAUUUGGUCGAAUUAGAAUCUAGACGGAUUACGAAGGCACUUCGUACUCUGUCAGUCAAAAUUGAACCUUAUUUGUACCGCAUGUGCUGUUUCAGCUGAGUGUGGAACCGUGCUCGUAGCGGUCUAUCGGUGCCGGAUUGAUUCCUCGUGUUGUGAUGGCUCUCGGUAGUGAAGUGAAUGAUAACUCUCCAAAAAAUGCUUCCCAGAAAGUGAAAAAAUGCCCCGCCACAAGCAAUGUGAACGUUAACAGUGGCAGCGAUAAUGUUAACAAAGCCGAAAAGCAAGAAAGACGAGCAGGUAAGAUGAAGAAAGAGGGUGGCGUGAAGGUGGUGGGUUGCAGCAACGGUCACGCGAGCACGCCGAACGGUCGCGCGGACGACGAGGGCGGUGGCGGGCGGGCGCCCGCGGCUCGCGUCUCGUACGCCGCCGCCGCCGCCGCGGCCCGCAAGCCCGCGCCUGUCUCGCCGCCCGCGACCGCGCAAUGCCCAAACAAUACAGAAUCCCAAAAAGCUGCAACUAACGGCGAAAAGCCAUCACAAGCGAAGUCCGGCAACCUCACGACCAAAAUAAAUGGAGAAGGAUCAAUAUUAAGCGACAAUGAUAGUAAGAAAGAUAAAUUAGGUACCAAAGAACCAAUAGUGAACGGCACGGAAACUACGUGUGAAAAUGUAAUUAACGGUGACCCAAAACAUUCAGAUUGUGAUAUUAGUAGUAGUGAUAAUAAACUAGUUACUAACGGAACUAACAGUGAUUCGGAUGAUACAAAAUCAAAUAAGUCUGAUGAAGGGCAAGAAGUUAUAGCGGCUGUUAUACCUAACAAAGGCAAGCAAGCGUCGGACAGAAAAAAGGAUAAAAAAGUUAAGUCUAGUGACAAGAAUAGUGAAGCAGAGAAAAAAAAUGAAUCGGAUAAAAAUAAGAAAACAGAAGAAAAGAAAGGAGACGGUAAAACAAAGAGUACAGACAAAGUUUCGGAUAAGGUUAACGGUGAGAGCAGUAAGGUGAUGAAUGGGGAGAAGGACAGAGAGUCCUCUCCGAGCGAGGAGGGCGAUGAGAAGAAGCAAGAUGCCGAGGUUGUCUUCAUUCAGGAUUUGGGUUUUACUGUGAAGAUCGUGAGUCCUGGUGCGGAGCCUUUGGACAUUCAGGUGUCGAGUAUGGAGCUGGUGCAAGAGAUCCACCAGGUGCUAAUGGACCGCGAGGACACGUGUCACAGGACAUGCUUUUCGCUGCAGCUUGACGGUGUCACUCUUGACAACUUCGCAGAGCUUAAAAACAUUGAAGGACUGAAGGAAGGCUCUGUUAUUAAGGUGGUAGAAGAGCCGUACACGAUGCGCGAGGCCCGCAUCCACGUGCGUCACGUCCGCGACCUGCUCAAGUCCACUGACUACACCGAUGCCUACGCCGGCCUGGAGUGCGCGUCUCUCGCUUUUCUUAACGUCGUCACUCAGGGUGAUAUUCUUGAAAAGAAGAAGUCCCGUCCAGAGAGUGUGGACUGCACGCCACCAGACUACAUAAUGCCGGGCAGCACAGAACGGCCAUUGCUGCCACUACAUCCUGGCCUCACCAAGGAAAACAAAGCCCCGCAGUGUCUCAAGGUGCUGACAACGAGUGGCUGGAACCCUCCGCCUGGGCCACGCAAGAUGUGCGGCGACCUGCUGUACCUUCACGUGGUCACGCUCGAGGACCGCCACUUCCACAUCACCGCCUGCCCCAGAGGAUUCUACCUCAACCAAUCCACCGAAGAAGUGUUCAACCCGCGUCCGUGCACGCCGCCACUGCUCUGCCACUCGCUCAUCGAGCUACUGAGCAUCAUAUCGCCCGCUUUCAAGCGCAACUUCGCGCUCGUACAAAAGCGCCGCAUGCAGAAACAUCCCUUCGAAAGGGUCGCUACACCCUACCAAGUGUACCAGUGGGCCUCGCCGAUGCUCUUCCAUACUGUUGACGCUAUCCGCGCUGAAGAUACGUUUUCAUCGAAGCUGGGCUAUGAAGAACACAUCCCGGGUCAGACCCGCGAUUGGAAUGAAGAGCUGCAGACCACGCGCGAGCUCCCUCGCGCUACCUUGCCCGAGAGGUUGCUUAGAGAGAGGGCUAUCUUCAAGGUUCACAGCGACUUCGUAGCAGCAGCGACGCGCGGCGCGAUGGCGGUAGUCGACGGCAACGUGAUGGCGAUCAACCCCGGCGAGGAGCCCAAGAUGCAGAUGUUCAUAUGGAACAACAUCUUCUUCUCAUUAGGGUUUGAUGUGCGCGAUCAUUAUAAGGAUCUCGGUGGAGAUGCCGCCGCUUUCGUUGCUCCGCGUAACGACCUGCAAGGCGUCCGCGUGUACAGCGCAGUGGACACCCCCGGGCUACAUACCCUUGGCACCGUCGUGGUGGACUACCGAGGGUACCGGGUCACGGCGCAGUCCAUCAUCCCGGGGAUACUCGAGAAGGAGCAGGAACAGUCCGUCGUCUAUGGCAGCAUCGACUUCGGAACCACCGUGUUGUCCCACCCUAAAUAUAUGGAACUGCUAAGCAAGGCCGGGCAGCAGCUGAAGAUAAUGCCGCACUCGGUGAUCAGCGCCAACGGCGAGGUGGUGGAGCUGUGCUCCAGCGUGGAGUGCAAGGGCAUCACCGGCAACGACGGCCGCCACUACAUCCUCGACCUGCUGCGGACCUUCCCGCCCGACGUCAACUUCUUACAAUUGGAGGACGACGAGCUGAGGGAAGACAUCAAAUCCAUGGGCUUCCCUAUCAUACACAAGCACAAACUGUGCUGCCUUAGACAAGAAUUAGUAGAUAGUUUUGUUGAGGCUCGUUAUUUCAUGUUCAUUCGUUACGCUGCGUUCCACCUACAACAGUUAAGUGCGAAGCGACAACGCAACAACGAACAAAAGUCUAUCGAAGCUAACAAGGAUAGCGAGAAAGACGCCACUGAGACUGACAAGAGCCAAGAGAAAGAAAAAGAUAAGAAACAAAAAGAAAAGAAAGACAAAGACAGUGCCAAAAAGGAAGAAAGCAAGGAAAGUGAGGAACCGAAAGAGAAGAAGGAUGAUGAUUUGUUAUUGAAUGAGAACUACUCUGAUAUUGAUACCGACGUUGCCAAGAAGAUUGUUGAGAGCAUCACGGAUUCCAUCUGUAGCGGAGAGAAACAGGAGAGUGAUUCGGGCGAGCGAUCCCGCGCGGUGGUGGCGGCGGCGGCGCGCGCUGUAGCGUCGCUCAAGGAGUCUGAGUUCGACGUGCGCUUCAACCCGGACGUGUACUCGUCCGGCAUCAAGCACGCCGCCGAGCCCGAGCAGCUCGCCAAGCAACGCCAUCUCGUCAAGGAAGCUGCUGCCUUCUUGCUCACCACGCAGAUACCUGCCUUUGUUCACGAAUGUCUAGAACACACAUCAGCCCCGAUGGACGGCGCGAGCCUUACAGAGGCUCUGCACGCGCGCGGCAUCAACGUACGUUACUUGGGGCGCGUGGCGCUGGCGCUGCGGCCGCACGCCUCGCUCUCAUACCUCCACGCCAUCGCCGUCGCCGAGCUCGUACUGAGGGCCGCCAAGCAUAUCUACACUACUUACCUGCAGGGCUGCGAGGCGAUGUGCGUGGGCUCGGCGGUGGCGCACUUCCUGAACUGCCUGGUGGGCGCGUGCGCGGCGCCCACGCCGGGCGCGGGCGCGGCGGGUGCGGCCCCAGGCGCCGGGCGCGCCGCCCGCCCGCCGCGCGGCCGCCGCGCGCGCGCGCGCCCGCCGCCCGCCGCCGCGCCCGACUGGCACAACCUCACGCCCAAGACGCUCUUCUCGCAGAUACGGCACGAGCUCAAGGCGUAUUGGGGUUAUGAAUUGAACGCAGAGAAUAUGGAUGCUGUUAUAGAGAAACACGGUCUUCAGAAGAUUUCGCUACUGAGAUCGUUCGCUCUCAAAGUGGGUCUGCAGAUAAUGCUGCGCGAGUAUGACUUCGACAAUAAGAACAAGGCGUCGUUCUCGGGAUCAGACAUCAUGAACAUUUUCCCCGUUGUGAAACAUAUCAAUCCUAGGGCAUCAGACGCGUACAAUUUCUACACGACGGGUCAGAACAAGAUCCAGGCGGGCGCUGUAACUGAGGGCCACGAGCUCAUAGCAGAAGCUCUAAACCUCCUGAACAACGUGUACGGCGCUAUGCAUGGGGAAAUUGCCCAGUGCCUUCGUAUGGUGGCUCGCCUGUGUUACGUCACAGGGGAGCACCGCGAUGCCAUGGCGUACCAGCAGAAAGCUGUGCUCAUGUCCGAGCGCGUCAACGGCAUCGAUCAUCCAUACACAAUUACUGAAUAUUCGCACCUAGCGCUGUACUGCUUCGCCAACGGGCAGGUGAGCACGGCACUCAAGCUGCUGUAUCGCGCGCGCUACCUCGCGCUGCUCGUCACAGGCGAGAACCACCCCGAGAUGGCGCUGCUUGACAGCAACAUCGCCCUAAUCCUACAUGCUGUAGGCGAGUACGAGCUGUCGCUUCGCUUUGCGGAGCGCGCGCUAGCCGUGACGAACGCGUCGCACGGGCCGCGUUCGCUCAAGGCAGCUGUGGCGCGCCAUCUGUUGGCCAGAACACUCUCCUGUCUCGGCGACUUCCGCACCGCGCUGCAACACGAGAAGGAGACUUACUCUAUCUAUAAACAGCUGCUGGGCGAGAAGCACGAGAAGACGCGCGAGUCGUCGGAGUGCCUGCGCCACCUGACGCAGCAGGCCGUGGUGCUCCAGAAGCGGCUGGCGGAGGCGUACGCGCGCGGGGCCGCCGCCGCGCCGCACGCGCCGCUGCACAUCCAGCCGCCCGGGAUGGCCUCCGUCAUUGACAUGCUCAACCUUAUUAACGGCAUACUCUUUGUGCAAAUCAGUCCUCAAGACAUCGAGCAGUUCAAGGCGGAGAUAGAAAAAAGACAGUUGAAAGACUUACCGAUCCCCGGCGUGCUGGGCGAGCUGGCCGACGCGGCCGAGGCGCGCGCCGACAGUUGAGGGCCUGCCUACCCCGCAGCGGCCCUCGCCGCACUCACUCGCACUACAGGUAUUCUCUCCCGGACCACCGGCUACUACGCCAUAGGUCCAGAACAAUGUUAGGAUAAGCUAAAUUCAUAUUUACAACAUGUUGUAUAAUGUUACGGAUGUCCCUAUUUGACAUCUACUAACUUCUGAAUUGUCUAAUACUGAUAUGAUAUCCCAAAUCCGAUUUUUGGUAACUUGAAAAUGUAAUGUAUUAUUUCAACCGUUCUUAACCGAUCCCAUAUUGCAAAAACAAGUAAGUUGCAACGAUUUAUUUGCCAAUUCAUGCAAUCCUUCAUUAUCUGUUAAAGUCAAUAAUCGUCGUGUGUUGUGUAUUGGGAUAUACAGAAGUUUAAUGAAAUAAGCGAAUGUUAAUCAAAUAUAUGUAGCUAUCUGUAUAACCGACAUAUUGUACCGGAUUCCGGUGCGUUGUAAUGACUAUGUGCAGAGGAGGAGAAUACCUGUAAUGUAAUAGCAUGGUUCUAUGCGUUGUUAAUUUAUAACUAUUGAUUGAUGAUAUUGUUCCUUAUUAUCUAUGAAUGUAUGCCGUAGUCGAUAGUGUGCUAAGGUUUGAUGUAGAUUUUUUUAGUCGAAAUUUAUUAUUUUGAUCAAACAAUUGAUUUACUUUAUAAAUUGUCUUAAAGUGCAAUAGUUUAUUUAUGCAUGUUGCAUAUUAUUUGGAUGUUCGCUCAAAUCACGCAGGCGUAGGUUUAAUACGAUGCUUCCGUCGAAGCUCCCAGUUCACGGACACCCACAGUAGUAUAAUCGAGUAGUGAUAAUAGCAAUAAGUUUCGGUUGUGACCCUCAGGCCGCGUGCUCGUCGCUAAGUAACGGUACUGGUGCUACUGCCAAUUGUCCCUCGUAUAUAUGAUUUUAUGAAUUGUUAUUGUCGAGUAUUAUUUCUUUUUAAUUAGUGCAGGAGUAUAUUGUUGAAAUAUCCAUAAUAAUAGUAGAAAUUCCGUUAUAUUGUGAUUGAAAUGUAACAGGAUUUCUCUGUCGGCGUCGGUGUAGCCAGCUCGGUUGCGUCGCGCAACAAGUCCCUAUCGCCCGCUAUUCCCACACUGCCUCUUAUUCUCCUAGUGUCAGGAUUUAGUAUGAUUAGUGCCAUAACGUGUAGUGUUCUAGUAGGGAUUGUAAGUUCUUUUAUAUUAUAUUUCUGUUAGUCUGUGAUAUAAAAUGUUUUAUCAUCGAGUUACUUGCCUUGUUGACGCGAUUACCUGUAAUAGUAUGGGCAGAGUUUAAUACCUGUUAAGCUUUACGCUGAAAUGUUUGUACUAAUGCAUCACAAUUACAUGAAUUAUUGUUUUGUUGUCUAUGUUAAGAAAUAAAUAACAUCAUUGUUUGACGGUAAAACUAAGUAAUGGCUUUAAUGUAUUCAAAAGAUAUAAAUAGUUUGCGGCAGUGAGAUUUUGCAUGUUGAACUGCUUAAUCAAAAUAUUACAUUGAAUGUUAGCCAUUAUUUAGAAUUUGUCGUAUAGAUACAUAAAUGCAAUAAAUAAAUAGAUGCCUUACCAUUUAAUUAAUGUAAAAUUACUUGUCAGUAGCGCCAAGUGAACAAACGCGAUGAAAUUACCGAAUUUAAAACACGUCUUUAAACCUACCACUUUUGAAAUUUUGUUAGCUACUAUUUUGUUAUUUUAUUGGGAUUGCUCUUUAAAUAUAAUUAGCAAUAAUAUUAUUAGAAUCCAUUUGCGAACAAAACGAUACGAGGUUGAAAUACGGUGCGUGUGAUAUUAACACCAAUAAAACUGACUCAGAAAGGGGUAAUCCGCGUCCUAUUUGGCGCGCCACUGUACAGAUUUUCGAUGUUUUUAUUUUUCGGAGUUAUAUUUCAUUUGUAAAGUGCGUAUAAUAUGAAAGGUGUACAAAAUUAUGAAAUUGCCAAAAAAACGUUAUAUUGCACGCACGUAUAUUUCGACAGGUCGUAUUUGUCAGAUUUGCAGCCAAGUGCACAUAGCAAUAUUGUGAAUUGUCUUGUUUUUACCCGGGGUACUGCAGUGCAGAAUAAACUAUUGAAUGGACUAUAACCAAUGUGAAUCAUGAAGACUUGUUCGUAGUUUUUCGAAAGUGUGUUAAAUUAAAUAUUGUUACGAAGUAUUCAUCGUUGCAUUACUCCGGGUAUUAACAGACGCUUUGCGCACUUCGGCUUAUGAGCUGAAGGAGUUAUGUUCAUGUAUGCUACAAUGUAAGGACGUAAAGUUAUUGGAAGUAUGUGCCUAAGCAAACAAUAAUCAAGUUGUUGUUACAUUUCUCUAACAAUAUGACGACCAUGUAAAUACGGCGCUGUUCGUAGUAUACUAAUAAAAAAUCGUUUUUAAAA